CUCCAUCACACUUAAUUACGUCUAACAAUUUUGAUAUAACUCAAAUUAAACUUGAAUAGUCGAAAGAUUCAAAUAUUCAGAAGAAGAUUAAAGAAGUUAUGCAAGAUCUAACAAAACAUCUUUAUGUAGUUACAGACGGUUUAUUAUAUAAAUUGGUAUUAAUGAAUGUUGCUAGUAAUAAGAAGAAGAAAGUAAUUUAUUUACCUUCAGCCAUGAUCAAUUCUCUCCUGCACUCAUACCAUAAUAAUCUGCUUAGUGAUCAUUUUGGCAUUCAAUGAACAUAUUUAAAAAAUUAAAAAUAAAUUAUGGUGGCCAAAUAUGAAACAAUCAAUUAUUCAACAUAUUCCAUCUUGCUUACCUUCUCAACAACAUAAUAUUAGUCGUACAAAGAAACCAGAUCGAUUUAAUCCAAUUCCAACGCCAGAGGGACCAUUUUAAUUAAUAGGUAUUGAUUAUUGUGAUCCGUUUAAACCAACACCUGUUGGUAAUCAAUAUGUAUUAUGUAUUACUGAUCAUUUUACAAGAUGGAUAACUGCCAUAGCUUUAUCUGAUUGUUCAGCACAAACCACGGCCCAAACAUUAUUUAAUAAUUAUAUUUGUCAAUAUGGUGUACCAUUAGCUAUAUUAUCUGAUCAAGGUACUCAUUUUAAAAAUCAGCUUAUGGAGUCCAUAGCAAAAUUAAUUGAUUACAAUCAUAUUUUUUCAAGUGUUUAUCACCCACAAUGUAAUGAGAUGAUUGAACGUUUUAAUGCGGCAUUCGUACCUCAAAUUGUCAAACUACAAUAUCUAGAAAAUAACAAUUGGGAUGAAUUCUUAUCACUAGUGGUACUUGCUUACAACAUCGGCAUCCAUGCAACGACUAAUUAUUCACCAUUUCAACUACAGUUUGGUCAAGAAUCACGUUUACCUACUGAUGAACCUUCAUUAUCAUUUGCUUUCAAUAAACCAAAUGAUUAUUAUGUACGAUUGGAAAAAAAUCUGUUGAUAAUACAACAACACGCACGUGAUAAUAUUAUUCAUCGACAACGACAAUAA